UCCAAAAUGGGAAAACAAUUGCUGACUCUCUGGCUGGCUUUGUCUUCACAAAUUCUAUUAACAGAUGCUGCUAUCCAUCAGAAUGCCAUUGAAAUCUACAGCCUGCACAUUGACUGCAAAGUUAUGUCACGGUAUGCCCACACAGUCAUCACCAGCAGAAUUGUCAACAGGGCAAAUGAAUCCAAGGAGGCUCUUUUUGAUGUAGAGCUACCCAAGAAAGCCUUCAUCACAAACUUCAGCAUGAUCAUAGAUGGAGAAACAUACCCUGGAAUAAUCAAGGAGAAAAAGGCUGCUCAAGCUCAGUAUGAUUCCGCCAUUUCCCGAGGUGAAAGUGCUGGAUUGGUCAAAUCAGCUGGAAGAAAAUUGGAAAAGUUUAGUGUUUCAGUUAAUGUUGCAGCAGCUGGUAAAGUUAACUUUGAGUUGAAUUAUGAGCAAUUACUUGAUCGAAAGUUAGGGAAAUAUGAAUUGAUCAUCAAAGUCAAGCCCAAACAACUGGUGAAAGACUUUCAGAUUGAUACCCACAUCUUUGAGCCACAAGGCAUAUCCUUCUUAGAAACAGAAAGCAGUUUCUUGAACAAUGAAAUAAAGGAUGCUCUCGUAAAGACACAGGAGGAGACCAAGGCUCAUAUUUCAUUUAAACCAACCUUAAGUCAGCAAAGGAAAAACCCUGAGUCUGAACAGACUGUUCUAGACGGAGAUUUCCUCAUACGUUAUGAUGUUAAAAGAAAUGUUGCCGUAGGUGACAUACAGAUCGUGAAUGGUUAUUUUGUCCAUUAUUUUGCACCCAGUGAAAUGCCAGUAUUUCCCAAAAAUAUCAUCUUUGUUAUAGAUAAAAGUGGAUCUAUGGCUGGCAAUAAAAUUCGGCAGACUAAAGAAGCCUUGGAAAAGAUUUUGGAAGAUCUGAAUCCUAAAGACAAUUUUAAUUUAAUUGUCUUUAGUAGGAGUAGUUCAAAGUGGAAGCCCACUUUGUUGCAAGCCAGCAAGGAAAAUGUGGAAUCGGCUAAACAGUAUGUUCAAACUAUUCAUGCGCAAGGAGGAACAAAUAUUAAUGAAGCUCUUUUGACAGCCAUUAAUUCUCUGGAUCAAGCCACCAAAGAGGAGUUAUUGCCAGAAAAAAGCAUUUCAAUGAUCAUUUUGCUGACAGAUGGUGAACCCACUGUUGGUGAAACAAGCCCUAAGAAAAUAAAGAAAAACAUAAAUCAAGCCAAUCAAGGGAAGUAUUUCCUCUACUGCCUUGGCUUUGGAUUUGACUUAAGCUAUAGUUUUCUGGAGAAGUUGGCCUUAGAUAAUUCGGGAGUUGCUCGACGUAUAUAUGAGGACUCAGAUGCAGCCCUUCAGCUCCAGGACUUUUAUAGUGAAGUGGCUAUUCCCAUCCUGAAGGAGAUUAAUAUAAAUUAUCUUGGCAAUGCUGUAGAGGAUGUCACUGAGAAUAACUUUAAGUUGCUCUAUGAGGGUUCUGAAAUUGUAGUGGCUGGAAAACUUGACAAUGAAAUUGAUAUAUUUUCCUUGGAAAUAAAAGCUCAGGGGCAUGGAAGCAAUUUGACCCUGAAAGAAAAUGCUAAUGUCACAGAGAAAGCACAAGUUUUUGAACACCAGGAAUACAUAUUUGGAAAUUUCAUUGAAAAAUUAUGGGCCUAUUUAACCAUUCAACAGCAAUUAGAAAAGUUCGUUUUGGCGGAAGGAGCAGAGAAAAAAAACCUGGAAAACCAAGCAUUGAACCUCUCUCUGAAGUACAGCUUUGUAACACCCAUGACUUCCAUGGUGGUCACUAAGCCAGAAGCUGAAGAGGUGGCUAACAAGCCAACAGAACAAGAUAAUGAGGGUUUCCAGGAAAAUUUCCCAGGAUUUGCUGGAAGUCCACUUUUGCUUAGACAGCAAUCCCACGGUAUGCCAGGGCAUUUUCUUACAAGUGCCAGGCUUAGUGCUCCUGAUGAAUCUGUGGUGCGUUCAGCUGCUUUCCCAGACUACAGUAUUUCUUUGUUAACAGGUCGUCCUAUCUCAGGGAGCUAUGCAAGGAAGCCAACACAGAAGUCAAGAAAGAAAGUACAUUUCAGCACAGACUCAAAGUCAGGAACUCAUGUUCUUCCUAGGACUUCAAAUAUCCAUUUCCUUUUUCAACCACCUAAUGAAAAAAAAUUAGUUUGUUUAUCUAUUAACGGACAGCCACGAACAUCCUUAAAUCUGUUAUCUGAUCCAGAGAAAGGGAUCCAAGUGACUGGCAAGCUUGGUGAAAACAACCAUUUUACAGAGUUUGAAAUAAUUUAUUCGAGGCUUAACCUGGAAAUAAAGGUGACAACAGAAAAAAUUACACUGAAAAAUAAUGGCUCCAGUCACUCUUUUGUGUGGAAUGACAGAGACUCUUUAACAAUUGAAGGGAUAAACAUUACACUGACAAGUGAAGAAAGUCUAUUUCUGUCAGGACCAGACAACAUUGUAACCAAAUUUUUCUAUGUACCUCCUCCAUUUGGUUGGCUUGGAUUGUACUUUGAGAAUAACAAUUCUUUUUCUAAUCAAGUUAAUGGACUUUUCGGUCAGUUUUUCUCUAAUACACGUUUUGAAAGACCUUCUACUCAAGUAAGAGACAUUUUUGUACAGGGACAGCGCAAUGUAGCCUUCAGGAUACGUGAGAAGGACUAUAGAACUGGAUCUAGACAAACUGAAGUUGACUGCUGGAAACUGGAUAUAAAUCCUUAAAGAACACACACAACAGCAAAAGAUUGUUACCACUUAAUGUCCAUAAUUUUAUUAAAUAGCAUAAAAUCA